GGAAGCGGGGCGGGAGGCGGUGGCCGCCCAGGGCAGCCCAGCGCCGCGGGCCGGGGCCGCUCGCCCGCCGCCAUCGUCGCCAUGGCCUGCGGCGCCUCGGCCGCCGAGUGCCUGCGGGAGUGGGAGGAGCUGCAGGACGGCUACCAGCGCAUCCAGGAUAAUCACAAGCUGUACAAGCAGAAACUUGAGGAGCUAACCAAGCUCCAGGACGGGAUCUCCAGCUCCAUCGCACGGCAGAAGAAGCGGCUGAAGGAGCUGUCGUUGUCCCUCAAAAAAUGCAAAACCCACGUGAGCCCCGAACAGCAGGAGUCCAUCCAAGAGACCCAGAGCCUAAUAAAAGAGAGGCAGAACGUUUUCUUUGAGAUGGAGGCCUAUCUGCCAAAGAAGAACGGGUUGUAUCUGAGUCUGGUGCUCGGGAACGUGAACGUCACGCUGCUCAGCAAGCAGGCCAAGUUCGCAUAUAAAGAUGAGUAUGAAAAGUUCAAGCUCUACCUCACCAUCAUCUUACUCAUUGUCUCCUUCUCCUGUCGGUUCCUCCUCAACUCCAGGGUGACAGAUGCCGUCUUUAACUUCCUCCUGGUGUGGUACUACUGCACCCUCACCAUCCGGGAGAGCAUCUUGAUCAACAAUGGAUCCAAAAUCAAAGGCUGGUGGGUUUUCCAUCACUACAUCUCCACCUUCCUCUCAGGUGUCAUGCUGACGUGGCCGGACGGGCUCAUGUACCAGAUGUUCAGGAACCAGUUCCUCUCCUUCUCCAUGUACCAGAGCUUUGUGCAGUUCCUCCAGUACUACUAUCAGAGCGGGUGCUUGUACCGGCUGCGAGCGCUGGGCGAGAGGCACAACAUGGAUCUGACUGUGGAGGGCUUCCAGUCCUGGAUGUGGAGAGGCCUCACGUUCCUGCUUCCCUUCCUCUUCUUUGGGCAGUUCUGGCAGCUCUACAAUGCUGUCACCCUCUUCCGCAUGAUCCAGCACCCAGAAUGCAAGGAGUGGCAGGUCCUCAUGUGCGGCCUCCCCUUCUUCAUCCUCUUCCUGGGGAACUUCUUCACCACCCUUCGCGUGGUCCACCAGAAGUUUCAGAACACGAACAAAGACACAAAGCGGAAUUGACGGGGGGUGGGGGGAAAUCAGCGUGGGGGCCAGGACUGUUUCUCCCCACCGGCUCCAUCUCCCAUUCCCACCUCCUCGAUGCCGUCUGGACUCUGCUGUCUCACCCUGUUCCUUGGAAGCUUGAGUGCAGGACAGAGCUCGGGGCCUGCUCCCAAAUAGACUGCGUGUUCACUGCGGUGCUGGAUCCCUGCCCGAGUCCCUCACCUAGCGGCAGGAGCACCCUGCAAUGCCUCCAGAGCAGAGCAGGGGGCCUGGGACAGCUGCUCCCCUUCCCUGUGCCCUGAAGACAUUUACUGGGAUGGUUCUCCUGGGCCAAGCCCAGCUCUGCCAGCACUCCCCACCGUGCUGCAGGCAGGGGGCAGCCCGGGGUGCCUGGCUUGCAUCAACUCCCCUGGGACAAGGCAGGGUCCAGGGCUGACAGCUGCCUCUCACACUCAGCUCCUGGGGCAGCCAGGACAGCCCCUGCACGCUGAAGGCAGGGGUAGAGAGGCCCUCAUCACCUGCACGCAAUCGCUGCCCUGGCUGCCCUCCAGCCCUCUGUUUUCAAGGGCUGGUGGCUCCCAGAGGGUGUCAUACCCCAGUUCCUCCUCCACCUUCAAGCUGAGGGUGAUGAGGUGGAGGAGCUGUGGCACCAAAGGGGUAGGAGCACCAUGAGCCUGAACCAGGGUGUGCAGACAGCUGGAACUGUGCAGACGGUGUCCUGGUCUCACAUCACUGGAGGAUGCAUGGGUCAAAAUAAAGGGAAGGUGCUGCCUCGGGUCACCGGGGUGGUCUUGGA